CUGUGCUUACCCACAAUGCAACCCUGAAUCGUGUAGUUUGUGUGGUUCUUGGUGCAGAGAUCUGUCGUACUUGUAAUAGUUCUGGAAGUUUUAUCGGGAAAACAACAAGUUGCAGUCAUGCAAUCACCGACAUGGGCAUUGUAUAAGCUCCAGUCAUGAUUCGAGACUACGUUAGAAGUGGAGGAAACAACACGUAUGUAGAUGUCGAGGUCAAGUUUCCAAGAACCCAUGUUCAUGAAGGCAAAGCACUGUACACAGAUUAUGAGGUUGAAGUCAAGACAAAUCACCCCUGCUUUCCUCUUUUCCAUUCCAAUACAAGAAGACGGUACUCAGAGUUUGCAUGGCUCAGGAGUAGAUUGGGAUUGCAUGAUUUUAUCUUAAUGACCCCAAGUCUUCCACGCAAGCAGCUGAUUGGUCGGUUCAAAGAGGGCUUUCUUUGUGAGCGACAAGCAGGAUUGCAGAAGUUUAUGAACAGGGUUGUUGAAACAAGCAUCUACCUACAGGAGCCUGUCCUACAGCUAUUUCUACAGACAAAUCUCAAGCCAAAAGAUAUGGACCAUUACUUAAAGACAAGAAAUCCUGCAGCAAUACGGUCACUGAUCGCUAUGCUGAACAGAAAACCAGUCAAGAAGGGGGAACAGAAAACCACAAUCAGCUCUCCAUGUUAUGAUUUUCCCCUGACAAAAAAGUUAGAGAAGAGUUUGAUUACUGGGCGAGGUUGGUCAUGCCAAUACAGUGAAGUACAGUCCUUUAGGUCUGAAACAGAAAAUAGUGGUGAAACUGGACAUAUGGCAACACUCAAUGCGGAAGUCCUCCCAGGGGGAAGGCUGACUUUACCCACCAUCCCUGGCAGUAUGGAGGAUAUGUAUUAUACCAACAAUACCAUGGCUAUAGAUACACUCACAGUAGCACCAUGUCACAAAGAACAGCAAGAGAGAAGAGCAAGUUGGCAUGGGACAUCCACAGAUUAUGUAGACUUUUUACUGGAUGAUUAUGAUGUUAUUCCAAUGGAGGAAAUGAUGCAAGUUGUGGAUCAAAACCACUCUGAAGCUGCGGAGUUGGGAUAUUUGGACUUGACCACCACAUUAGACUCACUUUAUUCCCAAAGUGCAGAGCAAAUGGCUUUUGAUUACUAGUAGAUCAGUCAAGGAAGUGGGGGGGGGGGGGGUUAUUUGUGGGACUGUAGACAAUUCGGAGUUGUCAGGCAGUCCACAGUUCAGGAUUUAGGAAACAGCAAUAUUAGAAUGUAUAAUAAAAGAAAAUAAUGAUGAAUAAGAAAAUAAAGUUCAAGAUUUUUUUUCAAGUCACAUGCUCAUAAAGAGUAUAGAUUUUAACCCUAAGCCCACA